GGGUUGUCAUCAUUACCAUCACAACCACCACAACAACCAUUCCAAGAACAACAACAACAUGCUCCCGUGGCGGCCAUGCCAGACAGGCCCAAACCACCAUCCAAACCUGGGCAGCGAUUCAACAAGGCAUGUGAUUCCUGCCACAUCUCCAAGGUACGAUGUACGCCUGACCCUCAGUCGCCCAACGGCACCUGCAAGCGGUGCACCAAGAAUGGCACGCCCUGCGUCUUCUCACCUGUCGGGCCGAGGAGACGCCCCGUGAGGACCAAGAACGACAGGAUCGCCGAGCUGGAGCGCCGCGUGCGGGACAUGCAGCUGAAACUAGAGAAAGAAGUCGAGAAAAGGUCAUCAUCAGCCGCCGUGCCCAGCCGUCGUGAUGAUGGUCAAGCCCGAACUCAUGCCCCAUCCAAGCACGGCGGCGGAAAGGCUCCCGUUUCUGGGCUGAGAUCCGCCGCCUCCGAAUUUGAUCCCAAGUCCAACUCCUCCGGAUCCACCAUCGCUGCUGCUGGUGCCGCUCUGGCUGUCACAGGUUCCGAUGUCCAGCCAUCUCAGGUUUCUUCUUCUUCUGCGUCCGACGGGCCAUUAUCGUGCUGUCUCCUCCACUACCUCAUCCUCUGA